GGUAAACGAUCACUCGCGAAGCAAGCAUGUCUUGUGGACCCAACGGGAAGCAUCACUUAGUGGUUGUUCCGACACGCUCAAGUGUUGGUAUCAGUAGCUAUGAAAUAAAUAGUUGAAAAGUACAAAUUCUCGUAAGCUGUAGUUCUUGGUGAAUAUCGAAGCUGCAAAAAUUGGCAGACAAACAGCUGUUUUAAGUGCAUGUGCCCCAAUAGUUUCAAGUGUGUGUAUGUUUGGGUGAUACAAUAAAAGCUCAUAUCGGUAGACGGUAGUAAAAGGGUGCUGUUUGCAUGUACGACCGGUUCCCGAAACCUCAUUUGUUUGCCGCAAGACUGUUGUACUUUGUUGUUCGAAUGGUUCGCUUCCCUCUGGUUAGUUGGCUGCUGAAUGUUGACCUGAACGGACACCGAUUGUAAUCACAUAGGAGGAACAAUGAAGAUAAGAGCUAUCUUAUUCGGUAUUUUAUUUAAUUGCAUUGUUGGAAGCCAUCAGAUAUCGACGGCUAACGAUGAUCACUACUGGGCUGGGGUGGUGGAAUACAGUUUCAAGGAAAGAUCAGUAGAAAACCAAUCGGCUUUUGUCAGUACAGCAAAUAAUUUAGAAAGGUACAUACAGAUCAUCAAUUCAACCGAAGCUGACCCGUUAGAUAUAAUUGUUUUUCCGGAAUAUGGACUGAGCCAGAAGGAUACUGCUUCCUUCGUCCCGGAUCCGAAAGAUACAAUUGCUCCUUGUAAUAACUUGGAAUAUGAACAAGUUGUGCGAGAUUUGUCGUGUUGGGCUCGGGAUCGCCAAAAGUAUUUGGUCAUAAACCUCGUGGAGAAGGCAUUCUGUCCCGAUACGGACUACGAUUGGCGGUCUUGUGCUUCUGAUGGCCUCAACUACUUCAAUGCCAAUGUUGUGUUCGACCGAAACGGGCGUGUGAUUGCCCGCUACCGAAAAUAUAAUCUAUUUGGAGAAGCCGGUAUGAAUGUCACUUUAUGGUCAGAUGUAACUACAUUUGACACGGAUUUUGGAGUCACGUUUGGUACUUUUAUUUGCUUUGAUCUUAUGUUCCAUGAACCGGCAUUGCAGCUCGUUCAGGAAGGAGUAACCGACUUCGUCUUUACGACAAUGUGGUUUUCGGAGUUGCCAUUUUUGACCGCUGUACAGAUACAGCAAGCGUGGGCCUACGCGAACAACGUAAACUUCUUGGCUUCUGGUUCGAGUUUUCCGGAGAUCGGCAGUACUGGCACUGGCGUGUUUGCCGGCAGGCGUGGUAGGAUCGUUGCACUUAUGAAUCACGAAGCAGAAUCCAAGCUGUACGUUGCACGAGUUCCGAAAAUCGAUCGGCCAGAAGCUACGAUUGAACGUGAACCGGUCAUUGAGUACACCCCAGCACAGAUGACGAAUCUGAAAUUGAAACGUGAUCAAAUCGAUGUCUAUGAAAUGUCGACACUUCCAAUGAAUGUUAGCUUCUACGAAACGACGCUGUGUCAGGAGUCUUUAUGCUGCAACUUCACGUUGAACUACACGGUGACGCUACCGCAGAACGAUAAUCAGUCAUAUUACACAUACGUGCUCGCCGUUAGCGACAGUCCGCGAACAUUCGAUGGUUUCGCCAACGGGAUGAUCACAACCUGCGCCAUAUUCGCCUGCACCGAUGCCGAAAACCGCACGACCUGCUCGACCCGUUUCGCAGACCCAUCAACGGUGGUCGAUGCCGUACGUUUCAACUCAAUCGAAAUCGAUGGCGUAUUUCCCGGCGGACCGGAAGUUUUCCUCUUGCCAAACAGUGUCGAUACCGGCAUUCUUCCUCUCGAAGUGGACGAGAUCGAGUACGAGGAGCGAUUGUUCUAUCAAGACGAUGAGCCACUGAAGCAAAUCGAUUACAAACUGGUCAAACCUCGGUCAAAUCUACUAACGUUUGCCAUUUGGGGGCGGAAGUUCGUCAACGAUGCAAGCAGUGCUCCAGCGGCGAUUGCCAAUAUUUUGUUAGUACUGGUUGUUGCUAUUUUUGGUAUUUUUGCACUAUGAGAGCUGUUGCAUGAAAAUUGUAUGCUCUGUCAACUGUACUUAAGAAAGAAUACAAAAUGUGAUUUGUUUUUCUAGAGAUUAUUCCCACAUAGAACUAUAGUUAUCGCGGGAACUUAACGCCAAAGAUAGCAGUCCAAAAAAUCACUGAAGAAACGUUGAUUUGAACAGGUGGUAUAAAAAUUUAACCAAAUUAAACAACGAUACUAACAUAGUAUAAACAGUAAUCGUAUUGAUAUGAAGUAGGCGAACCCUUUACCCUUUAAAUUCCUACUAAUUCCUACUAAUUGAACUUAAAAUUGACAGUUUGAAAAUUGAAAAUGGUUCACUCCUGAAAACUGUUUUGAUAUGAAAUAAAAUCCUGGUAGUCGAGAAACGAUAUCCGUUAAAACUA